CUUUGGAUUCAUUGUUAUUCUAUGUGUAGUAUCUUCUACUCUAGUGGAUUCUAUUUCAUCGAGUACGAGAAACGUAAUUGGCUUGUUUCUUUGGAAGAUAUCCAACCUUGAUAUAGUUAUGAAUUUUCCACGCGUACGAAGUAUAUUAUGGGAUCCCACCCCAGAAAAAGAAGGGGAAGAUGCAACAAGUAGCAACAUAGAAACCAUGUUUACUAUUUCGGCAGAACAAUUACUUUCUUCUGAAUGGGUAUGGAAAACGGAAGUUGUGAAUCAGUUGCGCCAAAAGUUACGAGAACGAAAGCAAGACCAUUAUUUUGCAACCAUACGUGAAACGUGGUGUGACACUGGCAACUUGCGAAUUUUUCCCCGGAAGUUGAUUUUCGAGGCUGUUUCCGAUAAACCUGAACAAGUCGAUGACCAACAGAGAGCUAGUAUCUCGUUACUAGUGAAUGAUCCGGAAACUGCUGUUUUUGAAAAAAUGAAAGAGCAAACUUAUAAACCUAUGUUUCGUGGAUUUUGGUUAUGCGAACUUGCUAAGUAUUUUCCUCCCAGAAUAGAGUUGGAAGAACAUGGAAACGAUGUUGUGCUAUGUUUAAGAUUCUACAUUCCAGAUAUUCAGUUUGUUUUCACGAAAAUAUCUUCACCUCGAGUACAUAAUAUGGAAGUUCUCCAUCAAUGUCUAGCGAAUAACCAAAAGAAGAAUGAAAGCAUAGAAUUGUAUCCCAUGAUAGAUAACUUUGGAUUCUUGUCGAUGAAUUCAGUUCGCAAACUAUUACUAUACAGCAAAGAUGACCCUGAUAUUCUUGAAAGACAACCUGUUGUUGGCCUUUGGAUGUUUGUCAAGGAUAGGUUCGAUCCUGCUAUGCUUUGGAUGGCUUGCUACGAUUUCCUUUUUAUGGAGGGUAUUUGUGAGCGUGUACUUCAAAAUGGUUCUUUUCUGAUUUUGUUAUAUAAUGGAAACCAACAGAAAUACUCCAUCUUAUGCUGCAAUUGUGAAGCCAAACUGGGAAACCAACCAAAAGGUCAACAAUGGAAUAGCUCAAAUCCUACUCUCCUCCAAAAAUUAUCUCUGAAACCAUUUAGUUGCCAUUUUACUAUUCCUGGAUAUAAUAUGAACACAGAUAUCGCUGGAUAUCUCGGACUACCAGUCAAAAUAUAUAGAUUCUUUGCUCUCAAUGCCACUACUCUUGAUAGACGAAAAUUAACAUAUUCUUCGCUUGAUAGAAAUUCGGUGAAUAAGAAUUCUGAGCGCGAUUGGACAUGGAAAGAUAAUAUGUCAAGUAAAUCUUCUGAAGAAGACAUCACUGAAGGUGAACAUCGUCAAAUUGUAACAAAAGCAAAAGAACAAGUAGAGAACAAAAAGCAUGAUGAACAACAAGACCCAACCACAAAGCAGCAACUUCAACGUUUACAUGAGGAAAUGGAAUCCCUUAAGAAAUAUUUUCGCAGCCUAGGAAUUGCUCCUGAUUAUAAAAAUUAUCGAGAAAGCGCCAGUCGUGGAAUGAAGUCUCUACCAGGAGAAGCUUCCAAGUUUUGGAACCAAACAAGAAGACCCCGUUCUCCUUCACAAGAAGAUAUUUCUGAAGAUAGUGUCCUCGCAAAAAUGGAACUAGGCUCCGGACAUAUCAUGUCCCCAGUCUCCUCAGCAACAGAUGACGAUCCAAAAAAUGACUUGUUUCAACCUCUUAAGACUACUGUGCUACCAGCGUAUGGAAGGCAACCAAAUAAUUCUUGGCUCAACAAACCUAGAGCAAAAAACCGAGUUGAUGUGGCAGUUCAAGUUGAUUUAAGUGAACGCAAUACUAGAAGCACUUCCCAAGGUCAUAAUCCCACUCAUACGAACCAUUUAGAGACCCUUCCUAAGGAGAUCGAAGAAUCAUUGGAUAAGGUAGACGAACAAGUAGAAACUGAUGAUCUAAGGCCACGGGAGUAUUCACAUAGACGGUUGGAGCCUAGUGCGCUCCAAGAAAACUUCUUAGCUAGUCGAAGAUACUCUUCCCAGUCUUCGAACAGUUUGUCACUUUCCUAUGAGAACUUUAGUGGCGACACAAAAGACCUUGAGUCUGAAGCUAGAAGUCAAGGUUCAUCUCAAAGUUAUCACCAUGAAGUACCAAGGACAACCCUAGUCAACAGCAAAAAGACGCAUAAAAGUUGUGAACGGCGACACUUGAACCAGCAGGGAAGUACUAGUCAGUUGUUGACGGCUGACACUGAGCUAACUGUGCCGAAAAUUAUUUAUGCUAGUCUCUCGGACGAUGAAGACUACGACAACGGAUACAGUAGUUGAACAGGCGAGUGGAAGCAAUGCAGCAUUUUGUAUUACCAAUCCAACAUAGGUGUCAAUAAAUAUUUUUCCCAUGUG